UGACGACGACCACGACGACAGUUGGCCCUUUGGUGGCGGCUGCCUGCUAGCGGAGGAACGCAGCGAGAGGAGCACAGGGACCAGCGUCCAGGACUACUUCAGCAAGAAGGACAGCGAGUCACAGGGGAAGAGCGCGGCUUUGUACCGAGGAGAGAGAGAGGGGCAAGCGGCUGAGAACAGUCGAUGGAUGCUGUCCGGAUCGAAGGGGCAGCACGUUCUUCACUGACCAGGGAGGGAAAGAUUUCAAAAUUGAGUCGAAGGAUAGAAACUCGCCGUCAGGCAUGGUGUGUGAGAAGGGGAUCCAGAUCCUCCUCACCACCGUGGGGGCAUUCGCUGCCUUCGGCCUGAUGACGGUGGCCAUAGGGACGGACUACUGGCUGUACUCCCGCGCCCUCAUCUGCAACAGCACAGCCAACGUCACCCAGGACGACCCCCACAACAAGGACAAGAAGGACCCGGGGGCGCUCACCCACUCCGGACUCUGGAGGAUCUGCUGCCUGGAAGGAGUGAAGCGAGGAGUGUGUUCACAGAUCAACCACUUCCCGGAGGACGCAGACUUUGACCACGACGGGGCAGAGUACGUCCUACCUUCUGAGUCGGUGGGUUGGUUUCCUCCUCGCUGCAUCCAGAACUGUUGA